AGAUGAGGGGAAGGAGGGCGUCGCAGGAGAAGCCCCCUUCAGGCAGGUCAUCCACAGGCCGGUCCAGGUCAGCCUCGAGAGCUAAGGAGAACCUCCCUCCUUCUCGCGGCGACUCCGAGUACGAAAGGGAAGUAGGAGGCGAAGAAGAAGAAGAGGAAGGAGAAGAGGGGGCGAGGAGAGGCCAGAGACGAGGCAGCGACGACCAGCAAGAUGACCAGGCAGGAGAUGGAUGCCUUAAUGUUUCUCGUCUGGCUGGGCAGGUGCUGGGGAAGGGGGGAGGGGGGAUGAUGCGAGUGGGGAUCCUGCCCGCCUUCACGAAGGGCAGCAAGGCGGCCUCGCUGCCCCGCCACGCCACAGUCAUGUCGUCAAGGGGCUCCCACACCCCCGAGCUCCCCUCGUCCGCUGCCCCCACGCCCCCGCCGACGCCCGAACGACAGCCUUCGACGGCUCCGACGCCUCCGCCCACGCCUUCCAGUGCCCACAGGCCGCCCGUGCCCGAGUCCCCGAAGCCGAAGAUCAAGGGCGCGGGCGGACAGAAGCGCGCGGCCUCAGUGUCCCCGGCGAGGGAGAAGAGGCGCUCCUUGCGAGGCCUUUCGAGGGACCGCUUCCCGCAGCUGCCCCACCUGCCGUCCAUGCCCAAAGUGCCCUCGAUGCCCAAAGUUCCGGCAAUGCCUAAAGUUCCUGCAAUGCCUAAAGUUCCUUCGAUGCCCAAAGUCCCGUCGAUGCCCAAGAUGCCCGCCAUGCCCAAGAUGCGGCCCUUGCCGCGCGCGCCUUCGCUCCCGCCUCAGCUGAGGAACCUCCUGGGGCGGCGCGAGCGCGGGGGCAGCGAGUCCCGCGACGACAACCCCAGCAAGCCGUCGCGCCGCCCGGGCCCCGUCGGCCGCACCUGGGUCAAGGUCUACGACGACAUCACCUUCAUGGACGACGACAAAGACAACGAGCUGUACCCCGUCCUGGCCUACACAGGUCGCCCUCAGAGCGUCCCCGAGGCCGCCCCUCUCCCCAUGGCGCCCACGCCUCCUCCUCCGCGCUCGCACGGCCGCCAGCCCUCUGUCGAGAGCGAGUAUGACAAUGUGGUGAAGGAGGAGCUGCAGCGGGUGGUUCCCCAGGACAGUCCCAGGGACGUCCCCCCCGCCCAGGGACGUGGCAGGGAUAGGUUCCGAGGACGUCGCCAGAAGAGGACCGACACGCCCAUUACCGUAGAACACCCAGGGCCCGAUGACGAGGUCGAAGAGGCCCGCAUGACUGCGCUCGAGGCCCAGAUCCUAACCUCAGCCUCAAGUACGGCGCAGGAGGAAGAGGAGGACUACAUCAUCCCUCAGGCCCUCAAGCCUCACAAGCCACCUCGAGGCAUCAAAGUCUACGACAACAUUGAGAUUAGGCCCGCCGAGGCUCAGCCUACUCCUGCAGAAGAGGACGAGCCCGUGAAGCCCCAACGCGGCAUUAAGGUCUAUGAAGAAGUGAUCAUACGACGUCAGCAAAUUGAGAAAGAUAUGGAAGAGAUGAAAGAAGCACAGAAGAGAGAGGAAGAGAGAAGAGAGCAAGAAAGAAUAGAGCAAGAGAAAAAAGAGGAGGAGAGAAGAGAGCAGGAGAAGAGAGAGGAAGAGAGAAGAGAAGCGGAAAAGAGGGAGGAAGAGCAAAUGGAAGCGGAGAAGAGAGAGGAGGCGAAGGCAGAUGCCAUGGAGGUUGACGAAGUCCCCCUCCCGCCUCGGCCGCAGAGAGGUAUCAAGGUCUACGAGUCCAUCCUUCUGAAGCCGAGUGAGAAGACCAAAACGGAGACGACAGAGGAGAAGGCAGAAGAAAAGGUGGAAGAGAGGAAAGAAGAAGAAAAGGAAGAAGAAAAAGCAGGAGGGACGGAAUAUACCUUCCAAACGACGAUGGAGCAGACGGUAGAAGUGAUGGAUGUGUCGGAGGUCGGAGGAGGGGGUAGCACGAAGAAAGAGACGGAAGAAAAAGAGAAAGACAAGGAGGAGGAACUGAUCCCCCCCAGGCCGUCCCGAGGGAACAAGGUGUACGCCGCCGUCCUCAUCCAGCGCCACGACGCGAGCGACCAGGCCGUCGUCUCGCAGGUCACCCUCACCUCCACUUCCUCCACCACCACGACAACCACGUCCGAGGUCAAGGCCAUCGAGAGCGAGACAGCCGAGGUCAAAGUUCAAGAGGUCAAGGUGAGCGAAGGCGAAACGGCGGAGGUCAAGGUCGACUCGGUAGACAAAGAGGUAGUGAAAGUCGAUGCAGAAGUCAAGGUUGAAACAGAGACGAAAGCUGAGCAGGGCGAGACAGAGCCCAAGGUCGAGGCAGAGCCCAAGGUCGAGGCAGAGCCCAGGGUCGAGGCAGAGCCCAAGGUCGAGGCAGAGCCCAGGGUCGAGGCCGAAGUGAAGGGAGACACAGACGCCAAGGCUGAGCCGGAGAAGACCUCCGGAGACUUUGACGCAGAUCAGAACUCGGUUCCUCCCUACGCCCGCGUUCACAAGAGCGGGGGCGUGAAGGAGCUACGCCCACUGACGGCCGAGGAGGACGAGGAAACGCCGCCGCCCAUCCCGCCCAAGAAGAAGGGCUUAAGGACCAUCUCGCCGCAGACCCUUGAGGCUGAGCCGCCCCGCCCCCCGCGCCACCUCAAGCCCCGACUGAAGAAGUCGCAGCAGGUCCUCUUGGUGAAUGGCGAAGUCUCAUCACCGUCACGCCCCCCUCGCGGCUCCAAGCUCUACGCAAGCGUGGAGGUCACGCCCGCGCCGCCUAAACGCCACUCCAAGGUCGUCCGCAUCGAGGAGGUGGUCACACACAUCAAGGACGACAUGCUGGACGCGUCCGCCCCUGCCCGCAUACGCCCAGUCAAGCCCUUGCGGCACGCGCACGCCCACCACGACCCGCCCCCGCGCCGCAAGAAGCUCCGCACCAGCGAGGGCGACGAGGGCGACGACGGGGGCGCCGUGAAGGCUAGGCUCACUGUCGACCCCACUCGACCGAACGCCAAGGUCGACCUCAGCGCCGACUUCGAAAACUACGAGAAUGUGGAUCUGAGCGAGACGCGGCCGCAAGCCACGACCAGAUCCCGCACGCGACCUCUGCCUCCCCCGCCGCCGCCGCCCAAGAAAGGCAAGAUCCAGCAAAGACACCAACAAUUCAUGCAGCAACAACAACAACAAAAAACAUCAACACAAGCUGAAUCAACUGAGCGCCAGGGCAGCCAACCUCUCCGUGGUGCGGCCGCCGCGUGCGCUGACACAGGGACCAGGAGCGGCGCGGUUGGUACGCCGGGCGAGGAGGCGGGGCCAUCUCAGCGCAAUCACGUCGUCAGUGUCACUUCAGCCUCAGCGACGAUAAGAGCAGGUGCGAAGGAGACGCACCCCGACGGCAGCAGGCUUGAGACGGACAUCGAUGACAACCUCAAGACCAUCGAGAGUUCGUUUGCCACUCUAGACACGGUGUUGAAGUCGCUGCAGAACUACUCGCAGACUUCCCCAAGGCGAGUGCUGCUGGGCGAGGGAGGAGAGGGUGCCACCAGUGCUCUACCCACCUCCGCCGACGCUGCCGCCACAGCUGUCUCGCAGGAGGGCCCGGCCUCCCCCCACGCCCCUCCUUCCCCCACCCCCGCUCAGCAGGAGCAGGGGAAAGACACAAGCACACAUGAUGUAAGCCAGCAGGGCGAACAGGAGGCGAGGAGCGAGAGGCAAGAGGAGGGCAAGGCGCGGGAGAGCGCGGGAGAGGCGGCGACAGCAAAGGAACAAUCAGCUGAUGCGAGCCCCGCCCCCGUCCCCACCCCGGCUGACAGCCCCCCCAAGGCUGACGCUGCGGCCCACGUGACAAGCACUGAGAGUGAAGUGAAGUCCGAAGUGAUCGCUGAAGUGAAGUGUGACUCACAGGCUGAAGUGAAAGUGCUCGAGGCUGAAGUGAAGGAAGUGCAAUUAGACGUGAAAGAGGCACAUGUCGAGGUAAAAUUAGAUCAGCCUGUGGUAGAAGAGGUUCAGGCACAGCCUGUAGCGAGUGAAAUUCAGGAAGUCAAAGCUGAAGUGAAGGUAGAACAAUCUCAGCUGAAGGAAGCGAAGGAGGAGUUACCUGAAGUGAAGGCUGCUCUUCCUGAAGUGAUCAGUGUUCUCCCUGAAACGAUAGAACCACAAGUUGCGGUGCAGGAACCUGAAGUAAUACAGGCAGAAGCAGUACCUGAAGCACAGGCCGAGGCGAAGGUAGAAGAGAAGGAAACAACGCAAGAGAAAAAGGAAGAAGAGCAGAAGGAAGCGACAACAGAAGAACAUAAGGAGACGACAACAGAAGAACUGAAAGAAGCGAAAGCAGACGAACAGAAGGAAACGACAGCUGAAGAACAUAAGGAGACGACAACAGAAGAACUGAAAGAAGCGAAAGCAGACGAACAGAAGGAAACGACAGCUGAAGAACAUAAGGAGACGACAACAGAAGAACUGAAAGAAGCGAAAGCAGACGAACAGAAGGAAACGACAGCUGAAGAAGAACAGAAGGAAGGAGCAGCAGGAGGAGAAGAAGCGAAGAAGAAGAAGAGGAGGAGCUCCGCGAAAUCGGAAGGAAAGACGGUAUUCCAGACCCUGUACCAGGUGGACGCCCUCAAGAAGGAAAUCAACAAGGCAAAAUCGACGUCGACGGAGGGAGGAGAGAGAGCCGAGCAAGGGAAGGACGGAGAGCAAGAACACGCUGAGGAAGUCAAAGUAGAAGAACAAACGAAGUCUGAAGAAGUUCAGGCCGAAGAAACAGCCACAAGUGAGAAGGCGAAGGUCGAGGAACUAAUUAAACCUGGAGAAGAAAAGACUGAAGAACAAGACAAAACUGAAGAAGUGAACGUUGAAGAACAGGUGAAAACUGAAGAAACAGAACAGGUGGAAGCAAGGAGUGAACACACUGUUGAAGAAGUAGAGGUUGCUGAACAAGCUAAGACUGAAGAAGAAAAAGAAGAUGGAACUAAAGAAGUUGAAGUCGAAGAAGUGAAGGAAAGAACAUAUGAACAAACUGAAGAACAAACGCAUGCAGUAGAAAGAGAACCAGAGAGUAUAGAAAGUAAAACAAAAGCUGAAGAACAGAAAGUAACCACAGACGAAGAGACGAAAACUACAGAGAGAAGAGAAGACACAAGCGAGGAACAAAGAGAAGAAAAGAGAGAGAAAGAGGAGAAAACAGAAGAAGAGAGUGCGGCUUCACAAGACCUCGAAGCUUCGCAGGAAGAGAAAAAAGAAGAGACGAAAGAACAGGAGGAAGAGAAAAAGGACACGAAAGAACAGGAGGAGGAGAAAAAGGAGACGAAAGAGCGAGAGGAAAGCGAGAGCGAAAGAGGCGCGCCCCAAGCACCGGUGGGCGAAGAUCUCGCCUCCAGACUGGAAGGUAUUCGAACCGCGCUCGAGAGUGUUAUUUGCAACCUUCCAGACUCCUCCACUUCCUCCUCAUCCUGCACCGCUAACACCGCUGGGCCAGCUGCAUCUGCAUCUUCUACCACCUCUGCACCCGCCGCUAACAACGGUAACAGUGUGGAUGGCUUGCCCCCGCCCACUAACCCACAGGCCACGCCCUCUAACAUAACUGACCAAGGUGGCGUCGAGGCGAAGGAGGGAGAGAAGGACGGCACCCCCGCCCCUUCGAGUCCACCUGUUGUAGCCACGCCCCCUAGAACAUCCCUGAGUGCGUUUGAUGAUAAUAACUUUGAUAACCGUGUUAGUUGUGUUAGUGAUACUAGCGAAGCCUCUGGACCCCCUUGCCUUCCCGCCGAGCUAAAACCCCUUCCCCGAACCCCCCCCGACUGUCCGGAGCCCCCCGGUCAGAGUGGUGACCCCCGUCCUCCUUCCACCACUGAGACUGACACUAUCCUAACCCGUGGUGAAGCCCGUACAACAAACCCCCCUGAAGCCUCACACCAUUCACACAGUUGCACGGAAGCUUUGGACACCUCGGUGAGUAGAAAGACUCCUCAGAACGCAGACUUAAUCAAAGACUUGACAGGUAUUGACAAUGAGACGUUAGUCAACAUCAGUCACGCGACAGUUUCAGUUAGAGAAGCCCCAUAUAGUGUUAGUGAAGCCUCAAGCGAAAAUAUUAAGAGUGAUAGUCUAGGUGUAGCUAGUGAAACCCCAAACACAAGUAGAGAGAGUUCAGACACUCUUUCAGAAUACACAGGCAAUCUGACAGUAGCUAUUUACACUGAAACCCCGCACACAAUCCUUAAAACCUACGACACAACAGACACUAACACUGAAAUUGUGGACACUGUUAAUGAACCCCCUCAUACUGACAAUAAACCUCCUGAAACUCAUACUGAAACUUCAGAUACUGCCAUUGAAGCCCAUAACACCUUAAAAUUUCAGGGCGCCGUAAGUGAAAAACAAGACACUGUUACAGCAACUGACGACACUGGUACUACAGUAACCCUAGACAUUGCAGAAAGCGAAACUCAGGAUAUUACUAGUAUAAACUCGGUAGAAAACCAAACCUUUAACAUUAUAAGGGAGGACAGACAUUUUGGUAGUGAAGCUCCAGACACUGCUAGUGAAAACACAGACACUGCUAAAGAAACCACAAACGCUGUUAGUGAACCUAUAGAUAUAAGUACAGAAACAGACACCGUUUUAGAAACCACAGACAUUGUUAGAGAAACUACAGACACCGUUUUAGAAACCACAGACAUUGUUAGAGAAACUACAGACACCGUUAGCGAAAUUACUGACACAGUUAGAGAAUCAACAAACACUGCUAGUGAAGAUAUAGAUGCUGGCACUGAAAACAGGGGCAUUGCUAGUGUAGCCACAGUCAAAGAAACCACCGACACCGUUAGCGAAACUACAGAUAUUGCCAGUGAAACUAUAGAUAUUGUUAGUGAAGCCACAGACACUGCUAGUGUAGCCACAGAUGUAGGCAGAGAUACCAUCGACACUGUUUGUGAAACCAGCGACACUGCUAUUGGAUUCACAAAUACUGGUAAAGAAACUACAGACAUUGUUAUAGAAACAACAGACACUGCUAGAGAAACCACAGACACUGCUAGUGGAACCAUAGACACUGUAAGUGAAACCACAGACACUGCUACUGACACCACAAACACCGUUAGUGAAACCACAGACACUGUUACAGAAACCACAGACACUGUUAGUGAAAUCACAGGCACUGCUAGUGAACCCACAGACACUGUUACAGAAACCACAGACACAGUUAGUGAAACCACAGACGCUGUUACAGAAACCACAGACGCUAUUAUUGAAACCACAGACACUGUUAAAGAAACCACAGACACUGUUACAAAAACCACAGACACUGUUACAGAAACUGCAGACACUGCUAGUAAAAUCACAGACACUGUUAGUGAAACCACAGACACUGUUAAGGAAACCACUGACACUCUCAAGGAAACUGCUACAGCUAUUGCCAGUGAAACUAUAAAUAUUAUUGGUGAAACCGCAGACACUGUUAAGGAAACCACAGACACUGUUAGUCAAAUCACAGACACUGUUACAGAAACCACAGACACUGUUAGUCAAAUCACAGACACUGUUACAGAAACCAUAGACACUGUUAGAGAAACUGCAGACACUGUUAAAGAAACCACAGACACUGUUAGAGAAACCACAGAAAUAGCCAGUGGACUCACAGACACAGUUAGUAAUUCCACAGACACUAUAAGUGAAACCACAGACUCUGUUAAAGAAACCACAGACUCUGUUAGUGAAACCACAGACACUGUUAAAGAAACCAUAGACACUGUUACAGAAACCAUAGACACUAUUAGAGAAACCACAGACACUGUUAAAGAAACCACAGACACUGUUAGUGAAACCACAGACACUAUUAGUGAAACCACACUCCCUGUCAAUGAAACCGCAGACGUUGUUAGGGAAUCAAUAGACACUGUUAUCGAAUCCACAGACACAGCCAGUAAAGCCACGGACACAAUUAGUGUAGGUGACACCACAGACACUGCUAGAGAAAUCACAGAUAUUAUUGGAGAAACCACCGGCACUGUUAGUGAAACCACAGACACUGUUGAAGAAACCACAGACAUUGCUAGAAAAACCAUAGACACUGCUAGAGAAACCACAGACACCGUUGCUUUAGAAACCACAGAUACAGUUAAAGAAAAGGGAGACACUGUUGAAGAAAUCACAGGGACUGUCAGUGAGACCACAGACGCUGACAGAGGAACCACAGACAUUAAUCAUCGAGUCUCCGAUCGUGACAUUACGGACACUGUAGGCCAAUCCCCACACCUUGUUAGAGAAACCACAUUCACUAUCAGCGAAGCCUCGAACACUGCGAAUAAAACAGGCACAGACCAAGUAGAUCUGGGUAAAGUUCCGAACACGGUUAGUGAAACCCCGGAGUUUGAAACCCAAGACACGGUUAGUGAAUCCACAGAAUUUGAAACCUUAGAUACUCUUAGUGAAACCCCCGAUUUUGAAACUUUGGACAAUGUUAGUGAAUUUACAGAUUAUGAAACACUAGACACUCUUAGUGAAACCGCAGAUUUUGAAACCCUUGAUAAUUUUAGCGAGUCUGCAGAAUUUGUAACAUUAAACACCCUUAGCGAAACCACAGAUUUUGAAAACCUUGGACAACAGUCUGUCAGUGAAACAGAUUUCGAUCCACUUCAAGUUGAACUCAUAGAUAGGGACAGUGAAACCCCGGAAUAUAAAACGCACGACACGAGUAGCGAAACCCCAGACGUAGUUAGAGAAACCUCCCAGACUGAAACUGCAGAGUGUCUUACUAAAGAAACCCCAGAUACUGUUAGUGAAACCCCAGACAUCAAUACACAAGACUCUGUAAGCGAAAUACCAAACACUGUAAGUGAAGCCUUAGAAUCUGUUAGAAAGGGAUCAAACACUGUUAAUGAAACCGAAGUUAUUAUUAGUGAAACCCUAGGCACUGUAAACGAAAUUGCAGCUAUUGUUAGUGAAGCCCCAAACACUGUAGGUGAGACUGUAGUUACUGUUAGUGAAGCCUCAGACAUUGUCAGUAGGGCCCAAGACACCGUAAGCGAAACUGCAGCUGUUGUUAGUGAAGCCUCAGACACUGUUAGUGAAAUUAUAGGCACUUGUAGUAAGACCCCAGACAUUGUUAGCGAACCCACAGAGACUAAAUCCCCUGCUCUUGUUAGUGAAACCCCAAACACCAUUAAGGACACCACAGAAACUUCUAGUGAAGCCUCAGACAUUGUCAGGGAAGACACAGAGAUUACUAGUGAAGCCUCAGACACUGUUACUGAGGCCAAAGGCACCCUUAGUGAAGCAGCCUUAAGAAUAACCCCUUACAUCGUGAGAGAAAAUUUAAACACAGUAUUAGACGCCCUGGACUCUGUUCAGAGAACCUUGGGCGCUGUAGGUAAAACCUCUGACACUGUUAGAGAAUAUCCACCAGUUGCUAUUAGUGAAGCCCCAAUUACCGUUAGCGAAGCCUCACAUACUGUUAGCGAAGCCUCACAUACCGUGAGUGAGGCUUCGACAGCUGCUUCUGUAGACACCCAAAGUGUAACCACCACAGACCCUCAACCUCCUUCCCCUGAGGCCCUCGCCAGUGCUUCCGAAACCCCUCCUGCUUCCCCGGGACCCUUUGUCGACGACCACACUCUCACCACCACCACUUCCACCACUACUUCCGGGUACGACCAUCGCAACGACCUCCUCGCCCAGCGUGAGUCGCGACCUUCUGACGCGACCUGGAACCUCUUCAACGGAAGUGGUGCGUUGACUGGGUGUUCUCUGGUAGCCUGUGUCGUAGAGGUGAUUGCAUCCCUAGACUGUAACGUAGACUGGCUCGAAAGAGUGUGGCUUUUCUUAGACUGUAGCUCGGAUAUGUGCCACGAUACAGUGCUUUUGUCUGCCUGUAGCAACGUAGGCGUGUUGUUCAACGAGCCCUUAACCUGUAGUGUAGACGUGUGUCGGUGUGUGGUUUCCUUAGGCAGCAUUAAUCUGAACACGACGCGAGCCAGAAGUGGCUCUUGGGUGCUGACGGGAGCCACCUGCGCCACCUGCCAGAGGGACAUCCGACGGCGAAACACCUAUCGCACGAUAGGGUCGAGUAAGGGCACCCUGGAGAGGUCACGUGACUCGCCCUCGACCCACCACCAACUCGGCCUCGAGGACGAUCCUCUGGACGACCCGAGGCUGAGCGUGGCGGCGUUGCGGCCCCGCUCCUGGUCGGGUGGCGAGGCUGGGAUGACCUCCGGGCCCAGGCAGGAGGACGAGAGUGAAGGCGAAGGUGAGCCGUCCCCCUCCCUUUCCUUCGGCGUCCGGAGGUCGCUAAGGGCGCUUUUUGGCUCCCUCGGAAAGGGCAGGGGGCGGCAGCGGAAGUCAGCGCCAGAGACGCGAUGGGCCGGAGACCCGCGGGACGGGCGGAAACCAAAGCCGAGCGAGAGACCGCGGAGUCAGUUCUACGUCGAGCUUCCCAGCGACACGACCUGCGACUCGUCCGCUCCGAACCCGCAGCCUGUCAUCGUCGUCACGCCCGCGCGCGCCCAGACUCUCCCCGCCGGCCUCUCGCCUUCGUCCAUGCUGUGCCUGCCGCCCGUGGCCACGCGCCCGCCGCCGCUGCCGUCCGUGGGGUCCCACCGCUACCGCUUCACCCUCCCUCCCUCGCCACACGCCAGAUUGGGUGACGGGGAACCAGGAGGUGAAGGCCGCACAUGCGCACGAGGUCAGGACCUCACGCAAGGUCAUGAGAGGCGCGGCAGAAGGCCGCUCAGGCAGCUGGGCGUUUUAGUCAUACCUGAGUCACUCACGGAGACGCCGGCCUACAGGCGGAGGCUCGGACUCGCCGACCAAGACUUUCCUCUUCCGAGAAGCUCCAGCGAUUCCGCCAUGGGAGGGGAAAUGUCCAAGGGAGAGGAAGAAGAGGAAGAGGAAAUAAGUGAACACACUGUGACCGCUCCUGUUCACCACAGAUAUAUGAACGUGGUGUCAGAAUUAAAUCAGGUUGUGCUAAAAUCGCUCAGUUUACGGAGAUCGCAGGGAGGAGAUGAAGAACGCUUAUUUAGAGCAAGUGUUUGUGAUAGUGAUAGUGAUAGUGACAACAGAAGUACUGAUAGUGACAGUGAUGGUGCAUAUGUGACAGCUGACAGUAGCGGAAUAGAUGUGAAUGGCCUCAGUGAUGUUUGGAAAGAUAGUGUCAAUGGUGAAGAAGUAAUGGUGACCGAGGGAAAGAGAGACGUAAGGGAUGGUAUAGUAAGAGGGAAAGGAGGCAUGACACCCGAGAUGGUGAGUGAGAGGAAGGAUCAGGCCCGUGUGAUCCCCGUUCUGUGCCGCGACCCCCCCGCAGGGCUCCCCGUGGGCGUGGAAGGCGGCGAGCUUGACACAGCUCGCCGCGUGGGUUGCGCCCCGCCCGCCACCCCGUGUGUUAGUGUUAGUGCUAGUGAGAGUGAGCAUGAGGACACCCCGUCCCGCCCCCUCCACCCCUACCCCGACUCUUCCCCCGCAUGGUUUGACCCCAACGCCCCCACCGGAGUGCCGAGUGCCACUAACCCUGACCCAGGCAGCAGCCGGGAUGUCUCUCCGGCUCCUGCCUCGGCGCCCUCCUCCACCACGGAGAGCCGAGAUAGGAAGGUCUUCCUCAUCGCCCAGGAGGUCAUGACUUCGGAGCGGGUGUUCGUGGACGUCCUCAGGCUCCUCAACGUCGAUUUCCGUAAUUUUGUCUUAGGUUUAAGCAAAGAUGGGAAGGGGGAGGAGCUGCGUGCCGCCCCCGGCCCCACUCACCCGCCCUCGGAGAGCAGCAGCAGCAGGGCCGUGCCCAAGGCCCCCACCGUGGCUUGCAUUCCAGAGUCCGAACUCAAUAAAAUACUCAACUACCUGCCGCAAUUACAGAAUCUGAAUGAGGAGAUCCUGAGCGACCUGGAGGCCCGCAUCACAGGCUGGGAAAGACAUUGCAAGAUCUCCGACGUCCUGGUGAGGAAGGGCCCCUUCCUCAAGCUCUACUCGGCCUACAUCAAGGAGUUCCAGCAGCAGUGCGACUACCUGGACGAGUGCUGCGCCAAGUACCCUCUCUUCGCCCGCGCCCUCAAGGACUUCGAGGCGUCGGAGCGCUGCGCCAAGCUUAGCCUCAAACACUACAUGCUGAAGCCCGUGCAAAGAAUCCCCCAGUACCGACUCCUGCUGGAGGACUACCUCAAGAAGCUCCCCGAGGACGGCGAGGACUAUGUGGACACGCAGACCGCCCUCGCCGUCGUGGCCAACGUCGCCGCUCACGCCAACGACGCCAUGAAGCAGGGGACCUACUUCAUGAAGCUGCUAGCCCUCCAGGACCGCUGGGAAGGAACGCCACCGCCACGGCCUCCUCCUCCGCCGCCUCCUCCGCCUCCUCGCCCGGGGACACCAACAGCCUCAGCAACAGCAUUUCGCGCCUACGUAGCACAACAGCCGAGGCCUUGUUCGAGCAUGGUCAGGCCCGGCCGCUACCUGCUGAAGGAGGGCGAGCUCAUGAAGCUGUGUAGGAGGGGCAUGCAGCCGCGGUACUUCAUCCUGCUAUCUGAUGUGCUACUUUACACGAGCCCCAUGACAAGCGGCCCUCAUGGUGCCCUUCGCCUCAACUACGAGCUUCCUCUGGAGGGCAUGAGAGUGGACACCCCAAAGGCAGAGGACUUCAAGAAUGAGUUCAGCGUCAUUUCCACCUCGCGCUCCUUUACGCUGCAAGCCAGCACUGCAGAGGAGCGAGAUGAGUGGAUCAAAGCAUUACGUGAGGCUAUAGAGGACAAUGCCUCACGUCGCUCAACGUUCCUGCAAGCAAAGAUGCCUACUUACCAACAGCCAGCCACCUCUACCCUGGGCAAACAGGCUCCUGUCUGGAUCCCCGACUAUAGAGUGACAAUGUGCCAGCAAUGCACAGCUGAGUUCACCCUCACUUUCCGCAGACACCACUGCCGUGCUUGUGGAAAGGUUGUGUGUGACCACUGUUCCUCCAACCGAGCUCCACUCCAGUACAAGAGAAAUCAGGUGGCUCGUGUGUGUGACACCUGCUUCGAAGUCCUGCAGAAGGACUUUGAGAGCAAGUAUGAGGGCUCAAUGACUCUUGAAGACACACAGGAGGCAAGGAUAAGGAGAGUCUCAAGUCUCAAGGCUCAGUUUAAGAGGGGAAUUCGAGAUAGCAACCGGAACAAGACCAGGAAGAAGGUGCCUGAAAGGCUGAUGGAGGUGUGUGCAAGUGACGAGGCUUCUCAGAUGUGCGGUUACCUUAGGAUGAUGGUCAGAAGGUCAUGGCGAAGAGGCUGGUUUGUCCUUAAAGACAGAGUUCUGUAUGAGUAUAGAGCACCAGAAGAUGUGUGUGCAUUGCAGAGCUUCCCUGUCUUAGGGUAUGCAGUGGAAACAACACAGGAUCGAGAGAUGACGGAAGGAAUCGACGCUUGUUUAGUCUUCCAGCUGACACAUUGCAACCAGCCUCCCCUCGUCUUCCAGGCCGACACUCCGCACUUAGCCGAGAAGUGGAUAGGAGCGAUGAGGGAAGCUGUUGUCCUGACCUGAAACUCCAUCUAAGGUCAACCUGGUCUGAAAUUACGUCUCUUUGCCUGCAUCUACAGCAACAUGGAGGCUAACAAGCAUCACAUCCUGCAAAAGAAACUUAUUCAUUCUUUUUCCAUAUCACUCACUUGAACUAUGGAAGAGAUGUGAAGAGAACAAACUGUGAACAGGCCUCCAUGAAAAGUGAAGUUGUGUAUAAGGAAAUGAGAAGUCCCCUGUGGCAUAUGUGAUGUGUGAAGCCAAAGGGGAUUGUAUACAAGAGGGUCACCUUUUUCCAGCAUGGAUGAGGUUUUUGAGGCAGUAGUGUAGAGGCUACUCAAGAAGAGAGAAAAAGAGUAAUGACAAUAGAAUCCAAGUGCUGAAGUAGAGCAAAUAACAAACACAAAAGUCUUAUGUCUUUCCAAGUCUGUGAUGAAAAUCUGUUACAACCAUGUUAUAUGUAUUGUUGAGAUGUUUUAUUAUAUAUAAAAUUCGGUCAGUAUUUUGUGCAUAGUCUUCACUCCCUACUUAUUUUUCUCUGUACAAUAUUGACAAAUCAGGAUUGUUAUUGAAUUUGCAUAUGUUUUAACUUUUUAUUUUUACCCCAAGUCUCUCACUAGGAGUGUUUUAUUAGGUGCGUGGUCUGUUUUAACCCUAUGAAUCAUCAGUCAUUAUCAAAGCUCAAGUUUGUAUAUGGCAGUAUCCUGUACCUGUAAUGUGUCUUACAUUACAUUAGCCAUGUUCCCUUCUACCUGUCAGUCUACUUUCUAAUUACCUACUGUCUGUCUUCUGUCUAUAUGAUUAUCUCUAUUACAUAUUCUUGAAUCUGGUAUUAUUUAUUUUAUUCUGUCUAUGGUUGCUCCAUAUAUUAUCAUCAUAAUUAUCCAUCAUUCAGAUGUUUACACGAGAGAUCUGAUAACCUUUUUUGUCUCCAUUUUAAACAUUUUCUCUUUGAGCGAUAUGCAAUUCUUCAGUGUCAUAAUUCUCUUUGACAUCUGUUUUAAAAGAAAGCUUAUGAGGUCUUUUUAUGUAAAGAUUCCCAGACUGUAUAUAUUGUGAAUUAAUUAAUGUGUUUCCAUUUUUUUUUCUUUUCUUUUCUUUUUCUAGUCAUGUCUGCAGUCCUCGUCAUCAUCACUACCAAAACAAAUCUUACAAAAAUAAUAAAAAAUUGAACUGAU